GCGCAACUGCUAUUCCAUCCUCGAGCUCUCCCCGCGCCACUCAGCACGAGCGCUCCUGUCCACCUGAGUCCCUGUCACAGACCUCUGUCUCUGUCUCUGUCUCUGUCUCUGUCCGGACUAACCGAGCACACUUCUCCCUCUGCUGAGAAACAGCCCGACCUGAGGAAACAUGGAGGCCAUCAAGAAGAAGAUGCAGAUGCUGAAGCUGGAUAAGGAGAACGCGAUAGACCGGGCAGAGCAGGCGGAGGGGGACAAGAAGGGAGCAGAGGACAAAUGCAAGCAGCUGGAGGAGGAGCUGCUGGGUCUGCAGAAGAAGCUGAAAGGAGUGGAGGAUGAGCUGGACAAAUACUCCGAGUCGCUGAAGGAUGCCCAGGAGAAGCUGGAGCAGGCGGAGAAAAAGGCGACAGAUGCUGAGGCUGAGGUGGCGUCUCUAAACAGGCGUAUCCAGCUGGUGGAGGAGGAGUUGGACCGCGCUCAGGAGAGACUGGCGACUGCUCUGCAGAAGCUGGAGGAGGCUGAGAAAGCUGCGGACGAGAGUGAGAGAGGGAUGAAGGUCAUAGAGAACAGAGCUUCCAAAGACGAGGAGAAGAUGGAGAUCCAGGAGAUGCAGCUGAAGGAGGCCAAACACAUCGCUGAGGAGGCCGACCGCAAAUAUGAAGAGGUUGCCCGUAAACUGGUGAUCCUGGAGGGUGAUCUGGAGCGCUCGGAGGAGCGGGCGGAGGUGGCUGAGGCGCGAGUGAGGGAGCUGGAGGAGGAGCUCCGACUAAUGGACCAGAAUAUGAAGUCCAUGAUGUGCGGAGAGGAAGAGUACUCGCAAAAGGAGGACAAAUACGAAGAAGAAAUCAAAGUUCUUACAGACAAACUGAAAGAGGCUGAGACCCGUGCCGAGUUUGCAGAGAGGUCUGUGGCCAAGCUGGAGAAGACCAUCGAUGAUUUGGAAGAGAAACUGGCCCAAGCCAAAGAGGAGAACCUGGACAUGCACCAGGUGUUGGACCAAACCCUUUUGGAGCUCAACAACCUAUAGAGACCACCUCAGAGCUUUAAUCAACGCUUUAAUCCCCCAACCCAACCCAAGCUCCCAGCGCAGACCUGUACAGAUGGAGUCUGAAUGUAACAUCAACAGGUGUUUACACACGCGUCAUGUGAGGACGGUUCAGACGUCAGUCUGGAGCCCCUUGCAAGAAUGUGUCUAUGGCUAACUCAAAGAUAUUUAGUGUGCACUACAAACUGUUGCAAGUCUCUUUAAUCAGAAAAUGAUCUUAUCUUCAAUACAAGGUUCCUUGGGCCUCAUUUAUCAACAGUGCGUAGAAAAUGUUCUAAAUUCUGUCUUGCGAAUGAAAUUUAGUAUGUGCUUAAGAAUAAAAAAAUCUGUAUUUAUCAAACGUGCGCCAGCCAAUCGUACGCACAUCAGUAAGUAAUCAAUCUUGAUAAAUCCCACCUGUUCUUAACCACCAUGCUCGUUCAAGCUUAGGCCAAUGCAUUCAGAAACGCCUCUAAUGAACCAUAAAUGGUAACAACAGAUCCCUUUAUCAACCAUGUGAAUGUGUUAGUCCCUUACCGCAAUAAUGACAAAGAAGAGGCACUUCUCAAACACUGAAAUGGAGCUACUGGUAGAUGAGUUUGAAUCCAACCAACAAAUAUUGUUUGGUUCACUCAGUGCAGGAGGAAUUACAAACAAAAGAC